AUGGCUGGCCAAGAGGAGGAUAGCGUCAUCGCCACUCUUACUGGCUUCUCGCUGGAUAAUGUUCUCUCUGGGCUUGACUUGCCGACAGGACCUGGUCUCUCUAACCAACUUGGCAUUUCUGGAGUCCCCUCCAUCAGCGCGAAGCAGAUCUAUAACGACAGAUGGGACGAAGAUGAGGAAGUGGUUGGGCCAGGAGAGGGCGAGGACUGGGAAGAUGAGGUAGACAGGGAGCUAGCAGAGGAGGACGAACACGCUGGGCCGGUCAAGAUGGAGGUGGUGUCUCCACAGGUGGGCCCGAAGCAGAGACGCAAGCGAAUCAUACGAAGGCUCGUCGAGCGACCGAAGACUGUAUACGAGCGGUUUCCUACUUUUGAGAAGGACAAGAUCCUGGACUUCACAGAGUUGUUCAAAGGAGUGACUGUCCAUAAGUCUCGUAUAUCCAAGCGACCCUUCACCGUGGAGUCUGUGUAUCCAAGGAAGAAGGACGUCCCGAAGAACUUCCUUCAAGCUAUCGUAGGAGAUACGGAGCGGCAGGUGGAGAGUAAGCGGGUGGAGCAGGUAGUGGCAGCAGGGGAUGUUGAGUCAGAUCUCAGACGAGCUCUGCAGGCUCGCGGAACCUCAGAUGGUCUGCCAUCGCUCCCAUUCGAUGACCGGUCAUUCGAUCUAGUCAAUAUCACGAAUUGGGAUGAACAGAUCGUCUGGGAAGCCGACGACGACGCCAGAUCAUCCGCCGCUCCCCCGGAGAAUAACCUCACGACGCCGAUGAACAAGACGCUCGAGACUGGUCUAUGGACUCAAAGUAUCAUCUGGGGUCCCCGCGAGCCGUUCCGGGAUUUCACUCAGCUGGAGUUGCACGAGCAGGACAUGUUCCAGGAGGAAAAGCCAGCAGUGCUAGAGGUUGCUCGGCCACGCAAGCGGCUGCGUACAGACACUCAGCUGCCAAAGGACAAGUUUAACAUCUCAAACGACCAGUACUACGAGGUGUCGAAGGAUGGCGGCCGUCACCGCGUCCGCCAAACCUUCGGGCAGCUUGUCGUCGAGCACGCAUAUCCUGCGCAGAAGCUGCAGCUUCCCUUCUACAAGACAAGACUGUCGAAACAAGAAGCGCGAUCCUUCCACCGACCCGCCCUUCAGUUCCCUCUCAACAUCGAGAUGCACUUCAGCAAGGUCCGUACAGCGAAGAAGAAGAAAGACAGGGCAGGGCGCAAAGUUGGCAAAGGUGGCGACAUCGGCGAAGGGUUGCACCGUACUGGUGAUCUCAGCCUCCGCGACACCAGCAACUUCGUGCUGUGGGAGUUCUCCGAGGAGCACCCGCCCAUCAUCUCGAACUUCGGGAUGGGCAGCAUUCUCGUCAACUACUACCGGAAGAAGAACGAGAAAGACGAUUAUAUACCGAAGAGUGACCUUGGAGAGCCAAUCGUCAUCGAGCCUCAGGACGAGUCGCCGUUCAUGAAGUUUGGCUCUGUCUAUCCAGGGCAGACAGUGCCGGCGCUCUACAAUAACCUCGUUCGAGCCCCACUCUUUCGACAUAAGGCAUAUCCCACGGACUUCCUGGUCAUCCGCACGAGCACCAAAGGAGAGACCAAAUACUACAUCCGAGAGAUAUCUAACCUCUUUGUGGUCGGACAGACUUAUCCCAUCACGGAAGUCCCGGGACCUCAUUCGCGCAAGAUAACGAACACGAUCAAGCAGCGCCUCCAGAUCAUCGCGUUCAAACUACUCGAGAAGAGCACUGAGAAGCGGCUCAAGAUCUCUCGCUUGAUGAAGUACUUCCCCGAUCAGAAUGAACUGCAGAUGCGACAACGUCUAAAGGAAUUUAUGGAGUACCAUAGACGUGGGCAGCAUCAGGGUUUCUGGCGUCUAAAGGGCAACUGGACAAUCCCUUCGUAUACCGAUAUGCUCAAGAUGGUCACCCCAGAGCAAGUCGUCCUGUCGGAGAGUAUGCAGGUCGGCCAGCGUCAUCUCCAGGACUCGGGUUACAGCUACAACGGCGAGGUCGCAGAGGAAGACGAGGGCAACCUCUCGAUCGAGCAGCAGCUUGCGCCGUGGAUCACGACGAAGAACUUCUUGUUCGCGACGCAGGCCAAAGCGAUGCUGAAGCUCCACGGAGAAGGCGACCCUACUGGCCGUGGUGAGGCGUUCAGCUUCAUCCGCGUCUCCAUGAAGGACAUCUUCGUGAAGGCCGGUGAGGACUACGAGCAGAAGCUUGCCGAGGCCGAGAGCCGUCCCAAAUCCGCACACAGGUACAACGUCGCCGAGCAGCAGCAGAUAUACAAGUCCGAGAUCGAGCGCAUUUGGAAAGCGCAGUUUGAUUCGCUCAGCCGCAAGGACGAGCCUGAGCUCUCGGAGGACGAGGAGGACAAGAAAGCCCCAGCAGCGGAUAAGAAGCCGCAGCGCAAGCAGUCCAUUUUCGAGGGCUACUACCCGGCGCAGUCGGGCAUCAUCCGUAUUGAGACGCCUGCGCCGGUCUCUCCGACGUACAGCCGGGGCUCGUCGUUGGCGCGGGAUGUCGCGCGUGAUGGCAGCAUGGGUCCAGACGCAAGGAGGGUGCUCAGGAUCAGGCGGUUAGUGGGGGGCGAGUGGCAGACCGAGAUUGUUCGAGAUGCUGCGGUCAUCCAGGCUUACGUGAAGAAGCGGCAGGCGAUCGAGGAGGAGAACACGACUGCCGACGCUCUUGCGCCCACCGGCGAUGCUGACCGCGACAGGCGAGCGAAGAAGAGGAUUGAGGAGGAAAUUGCACGGAUGAAGAAGAAUCAGGAACGUCGUCUGCAUCGGAAGAACGCGAAGAUUGUCAAGGAAGGCGGGACGCCGCUGCAACUCAGUCGUCCUAUCAAACCCGACACCACUCGUCGUUGCGGGCAUUGCGGUCAGAUGGGACACAUGAAAACGAAUCGCAAGUGUCCUCGAUGGGCAGAGUUCAACCAGGGCACAACGCCCCUGCCAACACCCUCCGCAGCCUCUCCUCCCGCGACGUCCCCCACAGGCACGAGCGGCAGCUUCAACUUUGGUGCUGGGUCUGAGGCCUUGUUCUCUCCCGCGGCGUCCAGUUCGCUUCGCGCGGGACCUUCGCUCAGCUUCCCUGGCUCCCAUGGGCCCUCGCCUCUUGCGACAAGUCCGCCGAUGGUACCGGAUGACGAGGACGAGAUGCCGGCAACGCCUUCAGGCGCUCCCAAGAUCAAGCUGACGCUCAAAAAGUCGUGA